UACCGGGCUUUUAUUUGAUGCGAGGGAGGUGGUUUGAAUUUUUAGUAUCUUUAGGCUUGUGCAUAAAGUUGAAUUGUUAUCCAAAUUUAUAAACAGUAGACUACAAUAAAUUUACUAAACAGUUUGAUAUUCUAUUAUAUUAGCUACAGAAACUAACAAACAUGGGCGAUUUACCUCCAAGAGGUGGUGGACCAAUAAGAGGUAGAGGUUUCCCUCGUAUAGCCCGUGGUGGUCCUGCUGGUAGAGGAAGACCACCUAGGGGGGGAAUGUUUCCACCACGUGGAAGAGGGGGGCCACCUGGUGGUCCUGUAGGCAGAGGUGGACCACCUACAAGAGGAAGACCACCAUUGCGUAGAGGACUUGGAGGUCCUCCUGGUGUUAUGCGAGGAAGAGGAGCUCCACGUGGGGAUGGAAUGUUAGGAAGGAGACCUUGGGGAGGGCCACCAUUAGGUAGAGGUGGACCUCCCUCAAAAAGAGGACGUUGGGAAGAAUCUGGGGGAUAUCCUAAUUAUGACAGUUUCGGCCCGCCAGAUCACCUGGAGUCAAGAGAAAUCCUUCCUUCAAAGAGGAUCCCCGUUCAUUGCAGUGCAGGCUCAGAAUACCCGUCUAAUGAUUAUGGUAUGGAAGGAGGCGACUUUCAGAAUCCUUCUGGAUAUGGAUCAUCAUACAGUAAUCCAGAUGGCUAUCGAGAUUCAUAUGACCAACCUCAGCAGGGUACUGCUCCCUAUAGUAAACCGGAUGAUCCCUAUCAACGACGUACUCUCUCUUCAGAUCCAUAUGGUUAUCGAGCACCUCAAUCAGAAUCCUAUACAAGGUCAGAUUCGUAUGGCAGAUCACAGCCUCCAACUGACCCCUAUGGUCGACCAGCUCCUCCCCAAGGCUCUUAUACUCGGUCUGCACCUCAUUCAUAUGGGAGGCCAGCUCCUACUGAGGAUCCCUAUGCUCGACCAGGACCUGCUGAUCCAUAUGGCAGACCUCCGCCAGCUGAUCCUGCAGCUAGGCCAGCACCACCUGCUGAUCCAUAUGCCAGACCAGCACCACCUGCUGAUCCGUAUGCUAGACCAGCACCACCAGAUCCUUAUGGAGGACCAAUACCACCUGAUCCAUAUGCCAGACCAGUUUCUUCUGACCCUUAUGCAAAACCUGUACCUCCAGCUUAUUCACAGAGUACAGGUUAUGGAUACAAUACAGGCAUGCCAGGUGCAGAAGAUCAUUACUGGAACAAUUCAGGUGUGUCCAAGGCCAGUAGUUAUCAGCAGUACGACUACAACACUUACUAGUACCAACUCUUCUUACGCUCCAAGAUAUAGUUACUAAAGUAGCACCAGGUUAUGGGCACCCAUCUUUUAAUUAUUGAGCUGGCGACAGUCGUAUCGUAGCAUUGUGUUGUGUUCAUAUUUCUACAUAUUGUUUCUUUCUUGUGUAACUUGACAUUUUGAGCAAUAUUUUAGUAGCUUUAGAAUAAUUUUUAUCUAAGUGACAAAAAGAAUUUUUUUGAAGUAGCUGCUUUUAAAAAUGAUGUCUCAAGUGUAUUGUUAAUUAUGAAUUUUUAAAUAGAUAAGAAAACAGUAACCUAACAUGUUCACAUUCAGCCUUUUUUAACAGCUUAAAGGCAAGUUGGGAGUUUGUUUUUUGACUCAAUAUGUUCUUUUAAUACGAAGCAAAAUAUAAGUAGUACGAAAAACAUUUGUAUUCAUUACAUAAAACAUUUCAGUUUUGAUUAAUGUAAUUGUGCAACUGAAAUGAUGCAUGAUGUUUUUGGAAUCAGUUCUACAUUGUAAAGUUUGUUUUUGUCAAAACUUGUAUUUUCAAUGACUGAAGUAAAUGCACACAGGCAUUGGUAAUUCGUAAUUAAAAUGUUUUUACAGCAACUGA